CUCGGACCUCCAUAGAUUUCACUCCAUCGACUUUAAAGUGCCUUUAUUUGAAAUUAUCAGUAAGAAAGAAUCAGUGCUAGCUAUGGAAAGUGAUAAGCGAGGAGAAUCAAUUAAAGAAUUGAAUAAAAUUGAUUCAGUGAAAAAUGAAGAAAUUAAUAAGAAUAUAAAUGCUAAUAGAGUAAGAGUGGACAGUCAAUGUGAGAAACAGCCUUUUUGCACCAAUGACAUGAAGAAAAACAUUUCAAUAUUCUUAAUCCUUCUGUUUGGCUUAAUAUUUCUGUUAUCGUCGGCAUGCUUCAUCAUAAUUACAUUUACAAACAGAUUUAAUGAGAAGAUAGUAAAUCACUUAGUAUUAAGAAAUGGUAGUCAAGCUCUUGAGUGGUGGAUCGACUCUCCAAUAAAACCUUUACUUAAAGUGCAUUUGUUUAAUUACACAAAUAUCGAUGCAGUUCUUGCAGGACGUGAGAAGAAAAUCAAAGUUGUAGAUGUAGGACCUUUCGUCUAUGAAGAAACUCUCCAAAGGACAAAAUUAAGCUACGAGGAUGGAAACAAAAUUACUUUUUAUGAAAACAGAACACAACAAUACAGAACAGACCUCACACCAAGCCACUUGAAUGAAAACGACACACUAAUCCUUCCUAAUGUCCCACUCAUUCUAGCAAUAAAUGCAGUUUCAAAAGAUCCAGGCAAGAAACUCCUUCUAAGAACUCUUAUGUCCACAACAAGUCCAAAUGAAUUUAACGCAAAGAAAGCUAGAGAAUUUAUUUGGGGAUACAGAGACGGCUUAGUAAGUGGAAUCGCACUUAGUGUCAAAGACUUUUCAGAAGAAAAGGUUGGAAUGAUGGGUGGACGUAAAGGAAUUUCCACAGAUAAUUUAACAAUUUAUACAGGAGAAGAUUUAUUGGAGAAUUUUGGAAAAGUUCAUGCGAUGAAUGGUGUAACAAAUGUGACAAUGUGGGACACAGAUGAGUGCAAUGAGAUCAGAGGAACUGAUGGAACACAAUUCUCGCUUGAGGAUCUCGCUAGUGAAAAUAAGCUUCAAAUUUAUCCCAAGUCAAUAUGCCGAACCUUCAAUAUGGAAUAUGAAAAAGAAGUCACAGCACUUGAUGGAAUUCCUGCAAAACGAUAUAUCCCAGAACCAAAUCAAUUUGGAUCAAGUAGAACAAUGCCAAGCAACAAAUGUUAUUGUGAUGCUGAAACCAAUUCUAAAUGUCCACCAGAUGGUGUCUUUGAUGCUGAAAAGUGUAUGGGUGUUAGCUUGUUAAUGUCAUAUCCACAUUUCUUUGAGGGAGAUCCAAUCCUUUUAGAACCAUUUGAAGGUAUUAAACCGAAUGAAGAAGAGCAUUUUACAUUUGUUGACGUACAUCCACGUAUGGCCUUCCCAAUUGGUGGAUCAUUCCGUAUGCAGAUCAAUGCACGAGUAAACAAAUUCACUUACGGAAUAUUUUCACAACGGACAUUGUACAAGAAUUUACCAAGUGACUUAAUACUGCCAUUAUGUUGGUUUGAAAUAACCUCAGGUGAAGUUCCACCAGAACUAUUGACAAUGGUCUCGACCACAACACAUCAAGCAAAUGAAUUGUAUUCAGCAAUACAAUUUGGUUCAAUAAUUUGCAUGUUUGUUUCAUUUUUAUUAACGAUAGGCACAACAUUAAUAUAUUAUAAACGCAUUGUGGGAGAAUCGAAUGGUAAAAUGAAAUGUCAAGUUUUAAUUUCAAUGAUGAGCACUCAUCCGACAAAUUCACAAGCCCAAAAUAUAUAUCCAACGCUCUCCACUGUACAAAAGUAAUAAUGUUUGCUAUAAAGAAAUUGCUUUGGAAAUUAGUAUGCCAUAAUUCCGCGUACCGUCAUGUGGAAAAUUGUAUGUAUAUAUGUAUACUCAACGUAAGAAAGUAAAAGUGAACAACAGUAAACAUUUUGCGCUGCUUUACUUCUUCUUCUUCUUAGAUGUUGAUGAAAAAAAAAUUGUUAAAUAAAAUAAUGUGAGUUGAGUGUACUUUAAUGAUAUCCAUAAAAGUUGAAUUUAAUGUUAUUUUGUAUCAGUAGUUCAGUAUGUAGAGUUUAAAGAACUUUAUGGCGUAUUUUCCUUUGCUUUAAUAGAGUUUUGGGAUCUAAAAGUCAGGUCUGUAGCUGAGUAGCUCGGUACAUAUAUGUUUACAUUUUCUCCUAGCUACAUCACUGUAAUAUCAAUUCUCUGAGACUCUUAACCUCAAGCUACAGAUCUUUAAUUAUGUUAUGAUCCAUAAAAGUGGCAAACAACAGAUUUGCUGGCAUAACAAAGAAAUAAUAGAGCAAAUGCUGGUACUUCUAAAUGGCAAUGAAAGUUUCAAGUAAAUUUCUAAUUUUUGUGGCUAAGCUAGUCAAUGGAACGUGC